UCAGAUCCGAAGAAGGAAACCGUGGUAACCUCAGCUGAACUCAGCUUGUAUAAUCGUCACCCGGUUUUACGACAUCAAAGCCAAACGGAUCACCAGUUCACAACAGCCAAACUCUACCUGCUGCUGAGACCGAAUAGUAACUCUAGCAGACCGGUUAGGAAAUUGCUUCACACCAGAUUAAUACAAAAGAAAGAGCUUCCUGGAUGGAAUACUUUCGAUUUAACCGAUGUAGUGAAGCAUUGGCUGAAACAACCCAGCGAAAACUAUGGUUUGGAGAUUUUAACGGAAGUGACGUCAUCUAAUCAGGGGAUUCACUUCAACGCCAGAAAUAUUCGCAGAAACACUGUGGCUGCUACAGACACGACAACAGAGGAUUUACUCCCUUUUUUAAAAGUUUUUACAGCUCAAAGACACAUUUUAGGACGUGCCAAGAGGGCUCCUGAGCGCUAUGACUGUAGAGUUGGUGACAACGAGAAGCGCUGUUGUAGGUACCCACUUUGGGUUUCCUUCAGUGAUAUCGGUUAUGACGAAUGGGUUCUCUCCCCUGAAGGUUACCAAGCUUACUACUGUGAUGGCGCUUGUCCAGAUCGAUACAAACCAGCCAAUAAUUUCGCGGGAAUCAAGUCUAUUUUGCAUAUGAUUAAUCCUCGCUCAGUUCCAGGGCCGUGUUGCACGGCGUCAAAGACUGACAGCCUCGAUUUACUUCUUCUUGACGAUGUAGGCAACUUAGUCGUUAAAGAGUACGCGGGUAUGGUAGUUCAAGACUGUAAAUGCUCUUGAUUUUAACCGAAUCAUUAUAGUUUAUAUUUUAAGU